AUGUUCAAAAGAAGACCCGGGCGCCAAUUAGUGCGUUGGCUUUCGCAGACUGUUAAAACAACAGACUACAAGUUAAAUGCUAAUGACGUACCUAACAAAAGUGUUAUAUUCAGCAUGGUCCAGCCGACAGGUAAAUUCCACCUAGGAAACUACUUGGGAUCUGUCAGAGUGUGGAAAGACCUAUGUGACUUGAAGCAACCAGAGACAAAGCUCCUGUUUGGAGCAGCAGAUUUACAUGCUAUCACGGUACCCAUACCAGACGGGGCUCGACUUCGGGAGCAAAGAGUUGAGGCGGUGGCCAGUAUUCUUUCGGUCGGGGUUGAUCCGUUGAAAGCGGAGCUAUUCUAUCAGUCACAGGUGCACCAGCAUGCCGAACUUCACUGGAUUUUGUCGACACUUGCACCUAUGGGGCUUCUAAACCGAAUGACACAAUGGAAGUCAAAAUCUAAUUUGAACAACGUCAAUGAUGAAGAAUCCUUGGGUAAAGUUAAGCUCGGUCUUUUCUCGUAUCCAGUCUUACAGGCUGCUGACAUAUUGCUUUACCGCUCCACUCAUGUUCCAGUUGGUGAAGACCAAGCCCAACACCUGGAACUGACUCGAACGCUAGCACAAACCUUUAACAAGACAUUCGGAAAAAAUGUAUUUCCUCUGCCUAGUACACUCCUCGCCCCCACAAAAAGAAUCCUAAGUCUCGCAAACCCAAGCAGUAAAAUGUCUAAAAGCGACAAAAACCAAAAUGCAACGAUUUACCUUAACGACGACGCUGAUACAAUAGUAAAGAAAAUAAGAAAGGCCGUUACCGACUCGAUAUCCGAUAAAUUUUAUUACGACCCCGCUGAAAGACCUGGUGUUUCAAACCUCAUAAACGUAGUCAGUGGAGUACGCCGACUACCCGUUUCUGAAAUUGAAAGCGAUAUCGCAAACUUUAGAAGCCAUAGCGAUUUUAAAAACUAUGUUAGCGAAGUUUUGGUAGAGGAGCUAAAGGAGCCGCGCGAGCGAUUCAACUUGUACAUGAGCGAUCCGGCACACUUGGAAAAUAUUACCAAAAAAGCAGCACAUAACGCAUCUGAGCUUGCCGAAGCCAACCUAAAAACUAUCAAGAACCUCAUGGGAUUUUGA